AUGGUCCUGGUGUUUGUGAUUCUGCGUCGCAGUGAGCACCGUAUGUACAUGCCGCGGACGUACCUGGGAGUGUUGCGCCCCGAAGAGCGAACGCCCCCUUCCUCUACUGGUCUGAUUGGUUGGCUUCGUGAUAUGUAUCAACUGCCCGACGAAUAUGUUCUGCAACAUCAUUCUAUGGAUGCCUACCUCCUGCUGCGCUUCUUGAAGACGGUUUCGAUGAUCUGCUUUGUGGGCGCCUGCAUAACUUUCCCCAUCCUCUUCCCUGUCAAUGCGACCGGUGGCGGCAACAAGCAGCAAUUGGACCUCUUGAGUAUCGCCAAUGUCUCGGAUCAGACGUACGGCCGCUACUUUGCCCAUGCUUUCGUCGCAUGGCUGUUUGUUGGAUUUGUCUUCUUCACCGUCACCCGUGAAAGUCUUUUUUAUAUCAACUUGCGACAGGCCUACGCGCUUUCUCCGGCUUACGCCAACAAAAUCUCGUCGCGAACCGUCUUAUUUACCGCAGUCACCCAGGAUUAUCUGAGUCGCGACAAGAUCCGCCGGAUGUUUGGUCCCGCCAAGGUGCAAAAUGUUUGGAUUGCCACGGACACCAGUAAAUUGGAAGAGAAGGUUGAAGAGCGCACCGAUGCUGCCAUGAAGCUCGAGGCUGCCGAGACCAAACUCAUCACGCUUGCCAACGCCGCGCGCCUCAAGGCUUUGAAGAAGCAGGGCAACGUGGAAGACGGCCCAAUCGUUCCCGAGAACAUCGGAGAAGAUCCUGAUGAUGAAUCAGGCUCUGUUGCUGCUCGCUGGAUCAAGCCGAAGGACAGACCUACUCACAGACUCAAGAUGCUCAUCGGCAAGAAGGUGGACACGAUCAAUUGGGCUCGUGCUGAAAUCGAGCGUCUCAACCCCGAGAUUGAGGAACUGCAAGAGAAGCACCGUGCCGGAGACGCGAAACUAGUCUCUUCCGUCUUUGUCGAAUUCUACCACCAGUCGGAUGCUCAAGCCGCUUUUCAGUCCGUUGCUCAUAACCUUCCCUUGCAUAUGGCCCCGCGAUAUAUUGGUCUCGAACCCACCCAGGUCAUCUGGUCCAACCUGCGUAUCAAGUGGUGGGAGCGCAUUAUUCGGCAUUCCGCGACCAUCGCUUUUGUUGUCGCGUUGAUUGUUUUCUGGGCAAUUCCUACGGCUGUUGUCGGUGCUAUCUCCAACAUCAACUUCUUGACGGACAAGGUCAAGUUCCUUUCGUUCAUUGAUAACUGUCCGGACUGGCUCAAGGGUGCUAUCACAUCUCUUCUUCCGGUUAUCUUGAUGUCGGUACUCAUGGCCCUGUUGCCUAUCAUUCUUCGAUUGAUGGCAAAGCUUGGAGGCGCACCUAGCCAGGCUGAGAUCGAACUGACCACUCAGAACUUCUAUUUCGCAUUCCAAGUGGUUCAAGUCUUCCUCGUUGUUACCCUUGCCUCGUCAGCCAGUUCGGUGGCCACUAAGAUUGUGCAACAACCUCAAGAGGCUGCUUCAUUGCUGGCCAACAACAUCCCCAAAGUCUCGAACUUCUACAUCACUUAUAUCCUUUUGCAAGGGCUGUCCUUCAGUUCGGGCGCGUUGCUUCAGAUCAGCGGACUGGUUCUUGGUAAAAUCCUCGGAAAGUUCUUGGACAACACUCCCCGUAAAAUGUACACUCGCUGGUCCACCUUGGCCGGGCUGGGAUGGGGAACCGUGUACCCAGUUUUCACUCUUCUGGCUGUCAUUGCCAUUACUUACUCUUGUAUCGCUCCCCUGGUUAUGGGUUUUGCCACCAUUGGUCUCUAUCUCUUUUACUUUGCCUACCGCUACAACAUGCUUUACGUUUCAAAUGCGCACAUCGACACGCAGGGCAAGGCAUACGUCCGCGCCUUGCAGCACAUCACAGUCGGCUGCUACCUUUUGAUGGUUUGCUUGAUCGGUUUGUUUGCCAUUGGAACCGCUAGCAGCAGAAUUGCGCUGGGUCCCUUGAUCCUCAUGAUCAUCCUUCUGGUCUUCAUUAUCAUCUACCACCUGUCCCUCAAUAGCGCGCUCACCCCUCUGAUCAACUACCUGCCCAAGAACCUUGAGGCUGAGGAGGAACAUCUCCUAUCGCGCGAGAAGGCCGACUUUGGCCACUCCUCCGAUGAAGCGGGACCGAGCGGCCCCGGACCGCGCGAGGGUGAAAAUGGUGUGGAGACGGUCGAUUCUGCCGAGAAGGGAUUGACCGGCGAGGCGUCUCAGGAGGAAGGCAAAACCAACUUCCUGGUCCGGUACCUUCGACCCGACAAGUACAGUGGAUACGAACAACUUCGACGCUGGGUUCCCAACGCCCACGAGUCUGCCAGCUAUCCUCCCGAAGUUGAAAGCGCGGCAUACCACCACCCAGCAAUCAGCGCCCAGGCACCUCUUCUCUGGAUUCCCCGCGAUGAGCUGGGCGUGAGCAAGCAGGAAAUCGCGCACUCGAUCAAGGUGAUUCCCAUCACGGACGAGGAUGCUUGGCUGGACGAGAAGAACCACAUCCACUGGGAUAUGGACAAGGGUGUCCCGCCCAUCUACGAAGAGAAGGUUCACUAUUAG